CGCUCUGCACGGACCUUCUCUACGACGUCCGUUGCUCGUAAAGACCUUGUCCAGGACCUCUAUGUCAAGGAGCUAAAAGCUUACAAGCCCCCUGCUACAGCAAAAGACGCACAUGUUGGCGUUGUUAAGAAUUUUUCACUGCCCGCCGUUCCAAAACCCCCCACUCUUCCUGUCGAUCUCGCUGCCGAGCUGACCGCAUAUGACGCGACUGAGCCCACAAAAGCCGAGGCAGAGGUUACAAGUUCGAGUGUGCACGCAGGGGAGGAUGUGGGCAAGGGUGCGGAUGCAUUCCUCGGAUUCUUGGAGGCAGACGUGAAGCAGGCAGAGGUUCACCAUUGA